AUGACUCUGGAGGCGGCUUUCCGAGACAGGCGCGGAAGAUCUCGCUGCCUGCAGCCGUCGGCACCAGUGGUUUUGGCAUUGGUACUUUCCCUUCUUUGGGGUUUGUUUGCCUCAAGUGCUUCAGCAUUAGAUCCUCCGCAAUUGAAAUUAGAUCAGAAUCACUCUUCGCCGUCUCUGGAGAUCCCUGUGGCGACAGAUCUGCCGCUGAACAGCGCUCCGAUUGCCGCGGCCACAGGCGCAGCAGCAGCAGCAGCAGCAGCAGCAGCAGCAGCACCCGACGCAUGGCCACGAACAGCAGAUGGAUUUGCCUUCCGAAUCAAAAGAAAACCAAGACCAUAUUUUCCCGCACUCGGGGCAUUUGUCCUCGGCGUCAUCCUCGCCAGUCUCCUGCUGAGGAUCAGCAGCAGAAAGGAGGUGAGAGCGCAGCAGAUGCAGCAGCAGCGCCCGCAGGCUGAGAAGCAGCAGCAGCAGCAGACGCAGCGCGAGCAGCAGCAGAAGCAGCAGCAACGAACGCGCCUGCCCCUAUGCCAGAAGACAGACUGCUGGGCUUAA